AAGUGAAUUUCUAUAGGCAGCGUGCUUCGGAAGCAUGACGCCAAUUUACCAGGGUAACACAUCCACAAUCCACACUUGCUGAAGAUACAUUGACUCGCGCGCUCGUGUCGCGUUCAGUUGGUUUCGUUCUUUCGAGCAUCGUAAGUUCGCCGUCGGUUAGACAGGAAUUUAAACAAUUGCUCGCCUGUCUGUUGAGUGACACUAGUGAGAAGUUAACGCGCGCGCUCUCGCUCGUCAUACAGAGCUUUGAGAGAGGAUAUGAGAAUUAAAUACUUUAGUUGAACAAUUUAGAAAUACGGAUCGAUUCAAACAAAUUUGGAUUCUUUUUGAUUAAGGAUAAUUUAACACACACCAGGGAUAUAGUAUCUUCUUUCUCCAUACGACUGCUUAACGAUUUGCUCCUUUUAAACAAGUUCCUUCAAUAACGGUCUCCAGUGAAAUCAAAAGAAUACGAAAGAAAAAGAAAAAAAAAAGGAAAAUUACAAAAUAAAGCAAAAGAAACAUAAAACCGUCCAUACGUCAUGCAUGAUCUCACAAAAUUGGAUGGUAGCGAUGGCGGACACCAGCUGUUUAUGAAGAGAAAAGAUACACAGGCAUUCCGCGAAAGAACUAAGAGAGAUGCCCUGAACGAGCUCCAGCAUGAAUUAGAGAAACUUGAAGAAACUGCGACAGGAGAAGAUAGGGAGGAGAUUCAUCGGCAAUUCGAAGGCUUUACUCAUCUCUUCAAACGAUUCCUCCAAGAGGAAGGACCCUCAUUAGAAUGGGAUCGUAUGCAAAAGUUGCCCGACGAUGCGGUAAGAGAUUACAAUUCCUUACCAACUCCGGAAGACGAAGAAGUAAAAGCACUCUUAAACAAAUUAAUUGUUAUAAAACUGAAUGGUGGUUUGGGAACUAGUAUGGGCUGCCAUGGUCCAAAAUCUGUAAUAGCAGUGCGCAAUGGGCUUACAUUCCUUGAUCUGACUGUACAACAAAUUGAGUAUUUAAACAAAACUUACAAUGCGAAUGUUCCGCUUAUUUUGAUGAAUUCUUUCAACACGGAUGAUGAUACGCAACGAAUUAUCAGGAAAUAUAAAGGAAUAGAUGUUAAUAUUCAAACAUUUAAUCAAAGUUGCUAUCCUCGUAUAAAUAGAGACUCUUUACUUCCAAUUGCAAAACACAGUGAUAUUGCGGAUGAUAUUGAAGCAUGGUAUCCUCCUGGUCACGGAGAUUUUUACGAAAGUUUUCGAAAUUCAGAUUUAUUAAAAAAAUUUAUAAAAGAGGGGCGUGAAUAUUGUUUUAUCUCAAACAUUGAUAAUUUAGGUGCCACUGUGGAUUUCAAAAUCUUGAAAUUAUUAUUAGACAAACGCGAAGCUUCGCCUCUUGAAUUUGUUAUGGAAGUGACUGAUAAAACACGAGCCGAUGUUAAGGGUGGAACAUUAAUUAAGUAUGAAGAUAAAUUACGCUUACUUGAAAUCGCACAAGUUCCAAAAGACCAUGUAGAUGAUUUCAAAUCUGUAAAAACGUUCAAAUUUUUCAAUACAAAUAACUUGUGGAUAAAACUCAGUGCUAUUGAAAGGGUACUUGAAAAGAAUUCUUUGAACAUGGAAAUUAUUGUCAAUAAUAAAACUUUCUCAAAUGGUUUAAAUAUCAUUCAGUUAGAAACAGCUGUAGGUGCUGCUAUGAAAUCAUUUGAAGGAAGUAUUGGUAUAAAUGUUCCACGCAGUAGAUUCUUACCAGUGAAAAAGACUUCUGAUUUAAUGCUUGUUAUGAGUAAUUUAUACACUCUUCGCAAUGGCUCAUUGGUAAUGAGUCCUCAACGAAUGUUUCCUACAACACCUCUUAUAAAACUAGGUGACAAUCAUUUUGCAAAGGUCAAAGAAUUUCUUACUAGAUUUCCAGCUAUACCAGAUCUUUUGGAAUUAGAUCACCUUACAGUGUCUGGUGAUGUUACUUUUGGAAAAGGUGUAACUCUCAAGGGAACUGUUAUAAUUAUUGCAAAUCAUGGAGAACGUAUUGAUCUUCCAUCAGGCACAAUUUUAGAAAAUAAAAUAGUCUCUGGCAAUUUACGUAUUUUGAAUCACUAAGUGAUGUAUAAAAGAAAUGUUUAUCUGUUGUGCAACAUAAAAA